AUGUUCGAAGAAUCCUCUUCAAAAACAGUUUUUCUCCUUUCUAUAGUUUCCUGUGCUUCUCUAGCCUCCCUCAUAAUACUGAUACCUAUAGCACAUUUUUCGAUGCAACGACGGCUUUCUUUGCUAAUUUCUGUUGCUAAUGAAUGCAAAUUGGAAUCCAAAAAUUUAUGGAAUGAUUUAAACAGAAAUAGUUAUAAAAUUGAAAGAUUUCGAAGAGAGACUGGUAAUAAUAAUUAUGCAAAAUUUGAACAAGCAGAGAAGGAGAAUUUAUGUUGCAGCCCCGGACCCCCUGGAAAGGCAGGAAAACCUGGAAGGCCAGGAACAGACGGCACACCAGGGAAGUGGGGAUGGGGCGGACGACCAGGGAAAUACAUUGCAGCUUCAAAGGAUGAAUCAGCGUCAGAUUCUUGCCUUAAAUGUUAUCCCGGCAUUCCCGGACCUCCCGGAGCUCCAGGUUUAAAAGGGUUGCCAGGCUUGGCUGGUGAGCCUGGAAAACCUGGAAAGAAUGGAGUAAGUAGCAAGAAUGGAUUGACCGGUGCUGCUGGGCAAAGAGGAGAGAUCGGCUUCCCGGGUAUUAAAGGCCCACCAGGCGACCCAGGCCGAGUUUUGAACGGUGCCCCUCCAGGACCGCAAGGUGCUAUUGGAUUGCCUGGCCCUCGAGGCCCUCCGGGAAAGAGUGGCAAAGAUGGAGAAUGGGGAAUGCCUGGCAGUAAAGGAAUGAGAGGUUUAAUGGGUCCGAGAGGCGAAUUUGGAGUUGUCGGUAUGCCUGGGCCGCAAGGAUCGCCAGGGGAACCUGGUCAGGCAGGAGGCUGUUGGCAUUGUAAACAAGGUGAGGUCAUCUUAACUAGAGAACUUGCAACGAUUGGACUAUAA